AUGGAGGCGCCUAUGCUCGAGUUCCGCACGGCGGGGUUCAACCCCUAUGCCGUCAAGUACUCCCCGUACUACGACUCGCGCAUCGCUGUCGCAUCCGCAGCGAACUACGGCAUUGUAGGAAACGGGCGGCUGUUCUGCUUGGGGCUGGGGCCGCAGGGCAUACAGGUCGAGAGAACCUUCGACACUAAUGAUGCCCAAUAUGACAUUGCCUGGUCAGAGAUCAACGAGAACCAGCUCCUCGCGGCCUGCGGCGACGGCUCGAUCAAGCUCUACGACACGAAUGUGCCCGACUUCCCCGUCAUGAACUUUCACGAACACAAGCGCGAAACAUUCUCAGUAGCAUGGAGUCCCGUCACCAAGGAUACGUUCGCAUCGAGCUCGUGGGACGGCACCGUCAAGAUUUGGUCGCCAGCCAGGAAAGAUUCGAUAAAGACACUUCCAAUAGGCAACUGCACAUAUAGCACAUCGUACUGCCCGUCGAACCCACAUAUUAUAUCCGCCGUAUCGACAGACUCACACCUUCGCAUAUUCGACCUCCGGACACCCGUCAGUGCCCAAUACCAUCUUAUCAACAAGAUUCCCGUGCAUACGCCGGGGCCCGUCCCUCUGCCGCCAGGGCUGGCGCCCCCUGCCAUGCCGGCCGAAGUGCUGACCCAUGAUUGGAACAAGUAUAACGACAGCGUCAUUGCGACGGGCGGCGUGGACAGAGCCAUACGGACAUUUGAUAUCAGAAACCCCACGGGGCCAACCUCCAUCAUGAUGGGCCAUAACUAUGCGGUCCGCAGAUUGGCCUGGAGCCCGCAUGCGCGCGACAUUCUUAUCAGUGCGAGCUACGACAUGACGGUGCGGCUAUGGACGGAUGGUUCGACGAUGGCGCAGGAAGGCCCUUCUCCAAUUAAACCCGGCGUGCAGCUGGGCGUCAUGAACAGACACACCGAGUUCGCCGUCGGGCUGGACUGGUGCUUGUUCGGCGUCGGCGGAUGGGUAGCAACCGUGGGCUGGGACGAGAGGGUGUUACUGUGGGAUGCCAAUCAACUGAUACGGGGGCGUGGCUGA